AUGGAACUGAAAAAUCAAACAGCACUUUCAGAAUUCCAUCUGCUUGGACUGACAGACAAUCACAAGCUUCUGCCCUUCAUUUUCACCAUGUUCCUCUCCAUGUAUCUGAUCACAAUUCUUGGAAACCUGCUUAUCAUCAUGGCUAUCAGCUCUGGGUCCCAACCACACACACCCAUGUACUUCUUCCUCUCUGUUCUGUCCAUUAAUGACAUUUGUUACAGUACAGUCACAAUCCCCAAAAUGCUGGUCAACAUACAAACACAGGAUGACAGCAUAAGUUACAUAGAAUGUCUCUCUCAAAUUUGCUUUGUUUCAGUUUUUGGUGGCAUGGAAAAUCUUCUCCUGGCAGUGAUGGCCUAUGACCGCUAUGUGGCCAUUUGCAAACCCCUGCAGUAUACAGUCAUCAUGAACCCUUUUUCCUGUGUCCUGAUGGUUCUAUUCUCCCUUUUCCUUAGUAUUAUGGAUGCACUACUCCAUAGUCUGAUGGUCCUGAGACUUUCCUUCUGCACAGAAGUAGAAAUCCCCCACUUUUUCUGUGAGCUUGCUCAGAUUAAUAAGCUUGCCUGUUCUGAUGCAUAUCUUAAUAAUUUCUUGAUAUUUGUUGCAGCUUUUGUCUUUGGAGGUGGUCCUGUUUGUGGAAUUGCUUUUUCAUAUAUUUACAUUGUUUCCUCAGUAUGGUGA